UUGCAACGAAACAUGAGGCAUUAUUUCAUAAUAUUAUCUUCGUUGAUAGCAUUAAUCAACGCGAAAUUACCUCCUUUUAUAAAACCUUGUGAUAUAUCAUCAAACGAAUUAAACAAAUGCAUUAAAGAUAAUAUCAAAUCUGCUAAACCACACAUCGUCGAAGGUAUUCCGGAUAUGUCUAUUCCUUCGUUCAAAGAAAUACCAAUUCCUUAUUCUACCUUGGACGUACCGGACUUUCAUUUUGCAGUCUCGAAUUAUGUAAUCGGAGGCAUAGAUGUAUUCGAAGUGCAAAAAGUAGAUGCAGAUUUUAAAAAUAACGUAAUCAAAGUUGAAGCAUUUUUCCCUUUACUCAUUGGAAACGGAUUAGCUGAAAUUAAAGGAAAUGUUUUUAAUAUGAAUUUCGAUAGUAUGGGUCCAAUUUAUGCAAAUCUUUCCAAUAUUGUCAUGAUUUACACGUUGAAAAUAUCGCUUGUUGAAAGAGAUGGAAUACAAUAUAUGGUGAAGGAUUCUCACGAAAUUACGAGUAAGCAGAACAGUGGAAAAUUUUAUGUUCACAUAGAAAAUUUAAGUAUUGGAAAUGAAACUGCGACGGAAAUUAUGAACGAUGCUUUGAACGUACAUAAUGAUCAAUUCCUUAAGAUAUUGUUUCCUAUUCUUGUGAAUAGCCUGAGUCAAUUAUUAGAUUCCUUAGUAAGUGCGUUGUUUAAACAUUGUUCAUUUAAUGACUUCUUCCCUAAAUAUAAAUAAAAUCUAUGAUUCAA